AUAACCUGACUUUUAUAUUCAGCACUAAAAAGUUUUCUUUGAACUAUGUACUUAGAGAUGAAUCACAUUUUGACCAGAUCCAUUACUUCCUCGGUUUGGUUGCUGAGAAAACUAAGGAAAAUUACUCUGGAUCCCCUGGAAAUGAUUAGAUCGUUUUCAACCAGGUCAUGUGGCUGUUCGAGGCCUGUGGUCCCAGCUAAUGAAGACAUUAUUGUUUUUCUUAAAUAAGCAUGUGAUGUAUUGGUUUUUUUACUCUGAAUGUUUUCCUGCAUUGUUUAUGGAAAACAAUAGAAAAUUAGAGUAUUUCAUCCCUUAUCUAAGAUAUGUUCAACCCUAGUUAGUGCUUGAACUAUAAGUUUACUGAUCACAUAAAAGGAAAAGGUUGGAUUUGAAAUGUUAGAAUUCAUUUCUUACGGUAUCAAUCAUGAAUUUUUAGUUGGUGGUGUCUUUUUCCCUCCUCUUGUAGAAAGAUUUUUGAGCUGCGAAAAUCGGAGCUGUCGAGCCAAGUUGGGAGAUGAUUGGAAUGGAAUUUGGGUAGCGAAGUUAGGCUUAGUGAAACUCCUCUCCCUCAUAAAAUAUGAUAAAAGUCUAUUAGAGGGGUGGAGGGAAAGGGUGGUUUAAUAGUUUAUUUAUUUGUUGUGUUUAUUGUUGUUUAAUCUACAACUUGAUAGUUCCCUUCCAAAUCAUCUAUAAUUUUUUAAUAAGGAAAGGUCAUACACGCUUGUAGGCUUUGUUGGUAUCAGGUGCUAUAAUAUUUGCAAAAUUCAUUGUGGUGUUGGAUGGUUCUGAAUUUUCUUCCAUGCUUCAUAUUAAUUUAUGUUCUUGAGUAUCAGAGACAGCUUUCAAAGUGUCCAUGGACAUUAGAGACUGUGUUGGUGGUGUUUUCAAGUAGUACAAUUGGCAUGAGCCUGCUGAUUGCCAAGAAUUCUUAUUAGUGACUGGUGCUAGUUGUCUUCAUGGGUUGCUACCUUUCAAAGAGAACUAAAAAGACACCGGGGUACGAGGAGCCAACAGUUCUUGCUGCUGAAACACCCUGUGAGUAUGCAUUGUCAAAAGGCUCAUUGUUGCAAAUUCCUGGGUUUACUGUUAACGAAGUAGAGGCCUUGUAUGAACUCUUUAAGAAACUAAGCAGUUCAGUCAUUGAUGAUGGGCUUAUUCACAAGGAAGAACUUCAGCUUGCAUUAUUCAGGAACAAAAACAAGAGGAACCUUUUUGCAGACAGGAUUUUUGAUUUAUUUGAUGUCAAGCGCAAUGGAGUAAUUGAGUUUGGAGAAUUUGUUCGAUCUUUGGGUGUCUUUCAUCCAAAUGCACCAGUUGAAGACAAGAUCCAUUUUGCUUUCAGAUUAUAUGAUUUACGGCAAACUGGUUUCAUUGAAAGAGAAGAGUUGAAGGAGAUGGUAAUGGCACUUCUGCAUGAAUCGGAUCUACUGCUGUCCGAUGACUGUGUUGAAACAAUUGUGGACAAGACAUUUAGUGAUGCAGAUUUGAAAGGUGAUGGAAAAAUCGAUCCUGACGAGUGGAAGGAAUUUGUGUCGAAGAACCCUUCUCUUAUAAAGAACAUGACUCUACCUCAUUUAAAGGAUAUAACUUUGGCGUUUCCCAGCUUCGUGUCAAAAACUGAAGUUGAAGAUUCAGAAAUAUAGCAGAAAGUUAUCAAUCAUGUCAUUUCUAGCAAUGGUGAUCCGUGCAUUUUAAACCAGCUCUAUUUGGGAGAUGUUGGAAUUUGCAUGAGUGUCGAUACAAGAGCUACACAGACUUCAGGUUAAUCACAACCUCCUCUGUGCAGCCUAGAUCUGGUCUACAGGGUGCAACUUAUUUGCCAUCAUAAACUUCGUUAAUACAGAGUUGGCACAGCUUAGUUCAGCUCACGUUUUGCAUAUGUAAAUCGCAUUACAGCAUCAGAAAUUUUGCAAAGUGUUUAGAAAAUGUAUAUAGUUUCUGGGGUGGUACUAGGAAGAAGUCUGUUUUAACAUUUAUUUCUCUUUGAAGCAGCACUUGACCUGUUCUAUAUAUGCUAGUGAUAAAAAUUUCAAGCA